AUGGAUACGUCCGCCGGCCACGGCUCGGUCUCUUGGAGAGUCGGAACUCCUAUGCAGCGGGCGGCUGCGGCGGGCCCGGGCACCUCGGCCGCGGAGAGCGAGAACACUACGGACAAAAUACCUACAGUAUCCAAUUCCAGCAAAGACACCGGGCCCCGUGCCUCUCGACCGCCCCACCACGUCUUCACCGGCUGCGACACACGCAAACAACUGUCCCUCUUUAUCUCCGUCCAGGGAAAAGACAUUGAAGAGCACAUCUGCGAUAGGUAUCAUCCCGACUUUGCUGCAGGGGUGCUCAAGACGAAAAUUGAGGGGUUUACGCCUAAGUCGAUGGUGUAUGAGCAUGGGUGGUUUGGGGAUCCGCGUAUCUUCCAGAGCGUGUGCUCAGAGGUCGGUCUUGGCGGCGUGCAGUUGGGUGGAACAGAUGAUGAUAGCAAGCUUGAAGCGUAUAAGAAGUGGGUGUAG